AUGAGACGACAUGGUAAGUAGUGAAGAGCGCGUCAACAUCAACACACAAUGGCAUCUCAAGCUGCAGCGACGACCAUCCUCGACUCAGCUAUCCUAAAGAUUCUACAUGCCCAUAAUUUCUCGAGGACGUCAUCGCAGGCUUCUGUUGUCCUAGCCAGCCUCGUUUCUCGCUAUCUUGUUCUACUUUCUUCUGUCUGUGGCAGCUACGCCGAGCUUUCGGGACGCUCGAAGUUGUCCAUAUGGGAUGUGCUGAGCUCAUUAGAAGACCUGGGCGUGAGCCUAGAAGAGCUGGACGAGUACUGCGGCUCUGAAGGAAAGGAGAUUGGGAGGUAUGCGAGCAGCAGCGCCAGGAGGCUCGACGAUCUUUUAGAAUUCAGAGGUUAUCUUGAGGAUGGCCACGAAGACGACGCGAUACCUCUUCUCGACUUACUACCUUCGUCGAGCGACGAAUUGUAUCGCUCACCUACUCCAGAUUUCCUGCCUCCCCUCCCAGAUGAUACAUCGCGGCCACGAAGCGUAUCGCCCAAGCCCACGGCUCACCCCGUGAAGCUAGAAAAGCCGCCGUCACUCAUCCCACAGCAUAUAACAUCUAACACCGUUUCCGACUACGUGACACAGGUCAACUACUCUGAGUCCGUUCUAGCUUCCACGCCGGAGUGGCACCUCCCCUCGCGUCCACCAGCUAGCGCGCUGUCCCGAAAACAACCAUCUCACCUCCCAACCCCACAAACAGAACAAGCGCUCCUCCAAGCAUACCACCAUAUCCUUACGCACCCCGUACCUCCUCCCGCCCCACCAAAUCCCGCAAAACACAAAGUCGCAACGACUCUCCUCUCCCAAGUGCAAAAUAACCCACGAUGGAGCCUUCCAGAUACACUAUACGCUAACAUCGCACCCUGCCCACCCCGGGUUGCAGUCAUCGGCCCUUCCUACCCCGUCGCGCAAUCGACUUUGGAUGACAUUCGCUCGGGCAAGGACGACAAAGAAUCCGAUAAAAAACCUAUAUUUCCCUCUGCACCACCCCGUCCUGUCUUUUCUUCCGACAAACUUGUGUUCCUGGCGUCACAGCAAUCCUCGCGCUUACCAGAUCUUGCACGUCAGAUCUUGCCUCCCUCGGUUCUCGCACGUACUACACGUCUUGCACAUCCACCCGUAUUACAACGGGGCAACCAGAAACUUUAUUAUGGCGCUGGCGUCAGCGCGCCAUGGAACUCGUCAUCAUCAGGUGCGCCUGCCGGAGCGAAAGGAAAAGACGAUGGCAUAGCCAACGGACGUGGAAACGAACCUCCAACGUUCACGUUACCCGACGCACAAAUGUUUGCUACAUGGGAGUUUGAGGUAAAAAGGCCGCAAGAGUCACUGGUGGUACGCAGAGGGAGAGGCGCACCUGGAUCUGGAGUGACGCUUUCCAUGGGGAGCCGGAAAGGGUAAAGAAAUGGUCACUCGUAGAGCGCAUACUUGUUCUGUGUUAUACUACUUGAAGCUGCUACGAAUGAAAUCCUAUUUUGCGAAGU